AUAGUAAAACCGCAUUACGCCUAGUUUCCGAAACGGGAUGUAUCUGCAUAUGAUACGUGCGCGUAGCGGCGUUAUUUCACUCAGCGAAUGCUGCAAUUCUAGGCGUUUUUUUAACGCCCAUCUGUGUGUCUGUGAGAUAUUUCAGCUUUUUCCAGACAUGACCUGUAACACUCACCCAGUCAGCUAACCGCGUUAACGUUCAUAAGCUGCUGGUGAAACUAGCUGCCAACCGCAGACCUUAUUGUGUGUUUAAGAGCAGAACAGCGAUGAGUGACGGCGUGCGCUAGCGAGGGACUGGCCGUGGCGAUGCCGGUCUGGGUCGAUGUCCCUCCUGGUCAUAUUUGAGCAGGAUGGGAUAUUCAUACAUCCGGGCGCCGACAGCUCUGAGUUUCAGGAUUCCCUUACAUCUGGGUUUCUCCGCAUCUUGGAUAAGGAUGGUGAAAUACUGGUUGAAUAUAAACCUUUGGAGGAUUCGUCUAACAUGCUGUGUGCUGGCAAGGAUUCCAGCUCGGUGGUUCAGUGGGCUCAGUGUCCGGGAGACAGACGCCACCGAUCUGUGGAGCAGCAGCAGAGCUAUGAGACUGAAUGGGACAUGGUGAACACAGUCUCCUUCAAGAAGAAGCCCUCUGCCAACGGGGAAGCACUCUCCAGCCCUGCCCCGGAGCGGACUAGGGGGGCGUUCCUUUUCAACGUGAGUGACCUCAAGACCAUCAAGGUGAAGACGGAGGGGUGGUCCCGCCUGAUCUUCUGCCUUAAGGAGGACGUCACCCUGCCUGACCUCCACUUCCACCAGGGUGGCAGCGAUGCCUUCCUAGACUCCCUCGGUGGAUACCUGCUGCUCACCCAAUCUCCUGGCGAUCGGUCCAUCCUGGUGGUCAGCAGCCAGAGCAAAGCGCUUUCACAGUCCUUCGAGAACCUGCUGGACGAUGCUACAUUUGGGCUGGUACAGAAAUUUAAGAACGACCCUUACACAACGACGCUGGGGGGCUUCUCCAAGGUGACCAACUACAUCUUUGAUGCCUUUCGUGGACCGGAAAUGGCACACCGGCAGCGGCCGGCCGAGGAGGUGGCGGAUCUGAUCAGCGAGGCCAUGCCUGGGCUGGAGGUCAAUCAGCAAGAGGAGCCGGGCUUCGAGGUCAUCACCAGAAUUGAUCUGGGCCCCAGACCGGCCGUGUGGAGGGGGGAGCCGGUGUCGGCUGAAGCCUGGGCGGAGCACAUGGAUGCCGAGGGGAGAGUGCAGAAUGUGGCCCAGCUGAAGGAAGCCGUCUUCAAAGGGGGUCUGUGUCAUGCUGCCAGGAGGGAGGGUUGGAAGUUCCUGCUGGGGUACCUCCCCUGGGACACCACGCGCGAGGAGAGGAAGGGCCUGCAGAAGAGGAAGACCGAUGAGUAUUUCAGGAUGAAGCUGCAGUGGAAGUCCGUCAGUGAGGAGCAGGAGAGGAGGAACUCGCGGCUGAGGGAUUACAGGAGUCUGAUUGAGAAAGAUGUCAACAGAACGGACCGAACCAACAAAUUUUACGAAGGGCCGGACAACCCGGGGCUGAUUCUGCUCCACGACAUCCUGAUGACGUACUGCAUGUACGACUUCGACCUGGGGUACGUUCAGGGAAUGAGCGAUCUGCUCUCGCCGAUCCUGUACGUCAUGGAGAAUGAAGUGGACGCUUUCUGGUGCUUUGUGUCCUUCAUGGACCAGAUGCACCAGAAUUUCGAGGAGCAGAUGCAGGGCAUGAAGACGCAGCUGAUACACCUGAGCACGUUACUGCGGCUGCUAGAUCAGUCCUUCUGGAACUACCUGGAAUCCCAGGAUUCUGGUUACCUGUACUUCUGCUUCCGCUGGUUGCUGAUCCGCUUCAAGCGCGAGCUCAGCUUCCAGGGCGUCCUCCGGCUGUGGGAGGUCAUGUGGACCGGACUCCCGUGCCAGAAUUUUCAUCUGCUAGUCUGCUGUGCUAUUUUGGACUCGGAAAAGAGGAAGAUCAUGGAGGAGAAUUAUGGAUUCAAUGAAAUCCUGAAGCACAUAAACGAACUGUCAAUGAAGCUGGACGUGGAGGAGAUCCUUCAGAAAGCAGAAGCCAUCUAUAGGCAGAUAGAGAGCUGCAAGGAUCUGCCGAGUUCUGUGGGAGAGAUCCUGGGAUUCCAAGCUGACCGCGAACAACCCAAACUGGACGGCAGCGAGUUUGGACUCCUGGACUCCCCGCAGCCGCCCCGGCGAUGGCACACGCAGGAUUUAGGGGAGGACUUCAUUCCCAAUGGCAACGGACAUUUGAGGGAAACACACGAUGUUUACAAAUUAGCCUACAUCUUGUAGCGAGGGAGCCUCUCAGCCACGGAGGCUUUGAUAUGUUAAUCCUGUCAACAAGCAGUGUUGGGUUUCAGUUUAAUAUUGGUUGCGGUUUCCAGAUGUAGAGUUGGGGAAGGGGGGGGGGGACAGGAAUCCUAAAUCUUAAAUAUUUUUGUAAUUCCUUGUAUGACAUUAUUUUUCUGUUUAUAAUCAUUCCCCCUCGGGAGCCGAAGGUAUUUUAUCAUUGACUAAGUUGCAUUUCUUUUUCCUCAUUGAUGAAUGAAUUAUUUUGCUGACUGAGAGUCCCUGUGUGGAUGGCCGAUGCAUUUCCUGCGUCUUUUUUUUUUUUUUUUUGCGUUGCGUGGCCGUUGUUUGUCCGUUUGCUUGAAUCAUGAUGGCAUAUCGCGAUGCACAGCUUUGCAGUGGCAGCUGUCCACUACUGGCUACUGUCGUGUGUCUCUGUCUGGGACCGGGGGGGGGGGGUACCAAGAACCCCCAGAACUACGGGACAGAUGAAAAGUACCCAAACUCUGCCUUACUCAGUACCACGUCGACCUUGGUUUCAGUUAAACGCAAAGGCUCGCCACCUUCUGAGCGUGACGUUUCUCAUUUUGGCUGUCUGACCACCACAUGUGGCCCCGGUUCUGCAGAAGUCACGCGAACAUCGAAGGAGACCUGUGUGUGGGCGCCGUGCUGCCCUGGUGUUCUGUGGGUGGCGCCGUGCUACCCUGCUGCCCUGCUGCCCUGCGGGUGGCGCCGUGCUGCCCUGGUGUCCUGCGGGUGGCGCCGUGCUGCCCUGCUGCCCUGCGGGUGGCGCCGUGCUGCCCUGGUGUCCUGCGGGGUGGCGCCGUGCUGCCCUGCUGCCCUGCGGGUGGCACCGCGUGCUGCCCUGCGGGUGGCGCCGUACUGCCCUGCUGUCCUGCGGGUGGCGCCGUACUGCCCUGCUGUCCUGCGGGUGGCGCCGUGCUGUCCUGCGGGUGGCGCCGUGCUGCCCUGCGGGUGGCUGAUGGAGCUCUGAGCGACAUGACAUCAGUUCCUCUCUUCCACGCAGCGACUGGUGGGUUGUCACAAAAGCGAAGUGGUCGGUGGCCCGACCAGGGGGUGACCUGUGAUAGUCGCUAAGAUAUUUUAGUUAGAUUUACACCUGAAUCUGAACUGGCUUGGAUGGUGUGGCGUCCGGUCGCCUUCAGUCAUAGCACAAUUCCAACACCAACGUUGAAUGACAGACUGAAUCCUCCCAUCCCUGGUCGAUCCCCCGUUAGAUCAAAGAACAAAAGACUCAUAUAUGGGAAAAAAAAAUCAAGGAAAACAAGUGACCUUCGCAUCGAUGUUUGGUUUUGCGUGGGAACGCAGUCAGCUGUGCACCGGUAGCUUUUGCCUUCUCCAGUUUCAGUUUGUCGUCCUCAGAAGCAGGUGUGGAAAAGGUACCCCCCGCACCCAAGGCAACGCACUGCUGUGUGGACAGGAGGCUCCGGAAGGUUCUGCGAGAGCCGAGUUUGCUCCGCUGCCUGUGGUCGUUGUCCGGUACAGCCUGAAGUGAGCAGUACUCGAAGCCCGGGGUGACUUCACAGCAUUUCCGUGUGCUACAUGUUUGUAUAUUCUUGAUGAUUGCAAUGUUCUGGUUUGAUAUCAUCUUUGAUAAAUAACUAUGCUUGAAACUCA